UUACUUCCGUCAAUAUUAGAAGGGAAGAGAGAAGAAAUUUCUCCCAGAAACAAAGAGGAAUCGCGGUGAGGAAAGUUUUGUCAUUCGGAUGUUGUUCGAUCUGACGCGUGUGUGUCCUGACAAAGAGCUGUCAGUGGUGUGUGUUUGAGUUGUUCCUCUGUAUAAAGAUGCCGUUCUUGGGACAAGACUGGAGAUCUCCAGGCUGGAGUUGGAUCAAAACUGAGGAUGGAUGGAAACCUUUUGAGUUUUUUGGGGCACAAAGUAAAGGAUUUCAUCUGGAAGAACUUGACGACGAAAACAAAGAGAACGUAUAUGUGGAACAUGUGUGUGAAGUAGCUGCCAAGAAAAGGAAAAAGGAUUUGGUGAACAACAACACAAAAUCACAGUUUCUGUACAAGGAGAGGUGGAUCUACGUUCAGAAAGAGAGCACGAGAGAGAGACAUGGCUACUGUACACUUGGGGAAGCUUUCAACAGGCUGGACUUCUCCACCGCCAUACAGGACAUGCGCAGAUUCAACUACGUGGUCAAACUGCUGCAUCUGAUCGCCAAGUCCCAGCUGACGUCUUUGAGCGGAGCCGCUCAGAAAAACUACUUCAACGUGCUGGAGAAGAUCGUGAGAAAGGCUGUGGACGAUCAUCAGAACCCGCGGCUGAUUAAAGCCUUACUGCAGGACCUCAGCUCAGUUCUCGGGGCUCUCAUCCGUGAAGUGGGCAAGUCCGUGCUCGUAGGGAACAUCAACAUCUGGCUGUGCCGCCUGGAAACCAUCAACAUCUGGCAACAUCAGCUCAACAAUUUACAGAUCCCUAAGCGAAUCUCCAACGGCAUGACACUGAGUGACCUUCCGUUACACAUGCAGAACAACAUCCUGUACAAGUUCAGCGAUGCCUGUGACAUCAUCAAUCUGGGACAAGCCACGCCCACACUGCACAUGCUCAGCGAGGAUCGGCAGCUGUGGAAGAAGCUGUGCCAGUUUCACUUUGCUGAGAAACAGUUCUGCAGGCACUUGAUUAUGUCCGAGAAAGGUCACGUAGACUGGAAGCUGAUGUUCUUCACGCUGCAGAAGCACUACCCAAAGAAGGAGCAAUACGGUGACACACUCCACUUCUGCAGACACUGUAGCAUCCUUUUCUGGAAGGAUCGACACGUGGCUUUGCUCUUCAAGGACUCGGGACACCCUUGCACAGCCAACGACCCUGACAGCUGCCUCACACCCGUCUCGCCCCAGCACUUCAUAGACCUCUUCAAGUUCUGAAGUCUGCUGCAUAAUGAAGCUCUGACUCAAUAAACACCUGAGUUUUCACUCCUGACACUCAUUUCAAUUUUUUUCCCCCUCACUACAGUCUGCACUUUUUUCUUCUCUCCUUCCCGUUAGCAGCAGUGCGGGAACGAGCUGACGUCUGACGUUCCUGUCCCGCGUUUGCCAUCAUCGAACAACCGGCCUUCUUUUUUUACAUCCGAACCUUAAGGGCUUAUUAAUUCUAAAGAUGUCAACGUGUUCGUGUUUCUCAUUUGUAUCCUUGUUUUUUUUUUUCAGUCUCACUUUCAGUACUGGUUUGUGGAAUAGUCGGAUGAAAUAAAUAAGAAGCUUUGCUGCAUGCUAUAGUGAGAGAAAAAUACAGAAAAGCGCCGGGAGAAACAGAACAAGGUUUUUCCGUAGUAAGCGGAUGCAUGUUGACGUAGCUGUGAUGUCGAGUUGAUCCUUGUUGUGUUGUGCAUUUUAUCAGACCUGUUUCACACUAAAGUGUACAUUUGCACCAGUUGCUUUUUGUCAUAUCAAUCAGUGACUUUUUAUGAUACACUUUUUUUUCUCAAAAAAAAAAAAAACUCAUGUUUAUAAGAACUGCUAUUUAUGAGCUCAUGUAUUUUAUAUCCUUUCUUUUGCACUUUGUAAUAAUUCUUUAAUAAUCCUGGGACGUCUGUGUA